AAUUUUUCAGUUCUGAGGAAAAAUUGUUUAAAAUCCUCAAAAUGAGCCUAAAAUUGGCCGCGUUUCCUGUACAAUAACCGCUUUGCCGAUCCGGUUCCCCUUCCGCUUGUUUACAGUAUCCUGCGGCGUAGGUCAGACGCGGACCAAUAUCGAUGUGCUGCCCACCACGGACUGCCGUCGUCGCUGGAAGCUGCUGCCGCCGCAGAAUCGGGGUUUGCUGCUGCUGAUCCCCGACCCGCUAACUAGGAGUCUCACCUAGCAGCAGUCUCCAGUGGCCGGAGCGCGGCUGACGGGCGCCAACUAGCCACCGCCAUGGGCAAUCCUAGCCUGACGUACGAAAUUCUCCUCUAUCUAAACUCUUUCUAUUUCGGGAUGUUUGCCAUGUGUGAGCUGGGCAUGCACACCCUGAAGGCGGUCAACCUCAAGUAUCCGGAACAUAUCCUGAUGCGGGAGACGUGCCUCCUUUUGGCGCUCAUCGUGUUGGAGACGAUCCGAAUCAUAUUGGGGCGCAAGGGCAGCCUCAGCGACCACGGCUGGCAAGUUAUCCUUUCAGUUUUCCUGACGAUUCCUUGCGCGAUGGGUGUCAGUUAUCUCCUGUUUUAUCAAUUACACCGAUUACGCCUCGAAUAUAUCCUAUGUGCCUUAAUGUUAUCUCUUCAGGCAGCCGAGCUACUGUUUGCGAUACUGUUCGUAUUCACUCUCUGCCGUCCGACCCGGUACGAUUAAGUUUGCCCCCACCUUCCCCCCCGUUCUCCCUCCUUUGCUCGAACCAAGUUUGAGUUACACGAACCACUUAGAAAAAAAAAACGAUCGGAUUUGCCCUUUCUUCGACUUUUAACCACGACCAUUCGAUUAUACAUUAGAAGACUCUCAAAACAGCCAAAUUUUAUUCUUUCCCAAAAUUAUACAAACUCAUUCAUAUUUGUAAAGCCAAUCGCGACAAUAUCAUUCAGCAGACAGAGAGAUAGAGAGGCACCGGCAUAACAAGAGGUAAAAUUUUACAUUUGCCCUACAUUUAAAUUUACCCACAGCAUCUUACUCGUUAGUUUUAUAAAAAAAAAGAAUCAAAUACCACGCGCAAUCUUUGUAACACUUUAAGACAGCAAAAGAAAAAAAAAGCCCUCACCAAAGUGGUUUGGAAUGUUUGUAAACGCACCUUUCCGGUUGGGAUUCCCAGAACCCAGUUCACAUAAUCAGGUUUGAAACGUUGACUCAAAAGCGUACACAAUUCGAGAGAUUUGUAGUGUUUAAGGAACUUGUUUUUGUAUCUCAUAAGUAAUCGAUCUGUAACCAAUUUUUUACUAUUUAUUUAUGUGUUUCUUUUAAAAUAAAAAAAUGAAAAUAAAACUGCUAGAAGCUAGUCACUUGACCAAAAAUUAAUUUUAAAAUAGAUUUUCCGCCUUCUUUGGCACAUUCUCAAUGAUGCACGACCUAUGGAAAGCAGUUAAAUAAAACUAUUCGAGUAAAAAUUACCAUCAUAAAUUGUAAAACCAAAAAGAAAAGAAAAUAUGACAGCCAAGCGGGUUAAAACUCUUAAACUAAACGUUUUUACUAGUUGUCGAGUAGAGUAGAAUACAACAAACAGGUUUUACCAAGUACUAAACAAAAACACAAAGUAAAACUAGGCAUUGAUGGUGGUUAAAUUAAGAACAAUGAAACUUUGCAAUAUAUUCAAGUGAACAUUUUAGAGACCGAUUAUACCGAAAUAUUUAUACCGCGAGCAUUGAGAAAGUUGUUGUACUAAACUGUUUCAAACAAAAUAUAGUAGCCGAACCCGUUUCACAUGAACUCUCAAACAGACUACUAAUAACUGCUAAGCGAGAAUGUCUACACUUUUCCAAUAUUAUGUACUUAUACUUCAAAAUAGGUAACUUAACGCUAUAGCGAGACCCACCCUUUUAUAAACUCACAUAUUUCAUGUUCUUCACAUCAUCUCACACCGUACACCAAAAAUGCUUUUUUGAAAAAAAAAAAACAUGAAAACUUUAACACUGCGCCGCCAAAUACUAGUUAGACUACAACCUUAUGUAGGAAACGAAUGAAAAGAAAAAAAUAAGCUCUAAACACUCUACUAGCUAACUGCAUCGCUCUUUGGCGAUCUAAAACAAAAAAAAAAAAACUAAUACUACAAGCACGCUAGUGAAUUCGUGGGAAUUUUUAAGACAACAAAUAAAAAAAA